GUGGAUUUUCACGGAGGUUCGGCUGUGGAACCUUGUUGUUGUUGUGGUGUUGGUAGGGAGGCUCGAGCUUCUCCCGGCUGGCUGACGGUUUUUUUUUACCCUCCCCUCGCCGGUUUCGGUUGGGUGUUUUAGGCCUUCGCCAUGGUGUGCGAGAAAUGUGAAAGAAAACUUGGUACAGUAAUUACACCUGAUACCUGGAAAGAUGGUGCAAGAAACACAACAGAAAGUGGUGGGAGAAAAUUAAAUGAAAACAAGGCAUUGACAUCAAAAAAAGCAAGAUUUGAUCCUUACGGCAAAAACAAAUUUGCAAUAUGCCGGAUUUGUAAAAGUUCAGUUCAUCAGCCAGGCUCUCAUUACUGCCAGGGAUGUGCAUACAAAAAAGGCAUCUGUGCAAUGUGUGGAAAGAAAGUCUUGGAUACAAAAAACUACAAGCAAACAUCAGUUUAAUUAUGGUGAUUUUUUUAAUUGACCCACUUUGAACUUCAAAGCAAUUGCUAAACAUGAUCAUUACUGAUAAUACGAUGAAAGACUUCUAGAGUACUUGCAUGGGAUAAUUGUGCUAUCUUAGAUCUAAGUUUUAAUCUGCAUUAAUGGCUAUGUUUAUUUGGAGUAAGAAAUAUUUGUUCACCAUAAUUAUUUUAGAAAAACUUAAAAGUGUAACAAAUAGUUUAGCUUUCCCAACAACUGAAUGUAAGCUACUCUUACAUUCAAGAAUAAGGAUUGCUGAACAUACCAGCAAAAUCACAAUAAAAUUGGCAUAUGAUGAUUUAUAGGAUAAUUGAAUAUUUAAAUAUAAUACUGUGUAAUUUUGGCAAUCCAACUACAGCAAUAGGCAGUUCUUCAAUUUAUUUGUGUUACAUGGAAUUGCUUGCAGCAAAGGCUUUCAAAGCAUCUGGCAAAUAACAGUACAUGAGCAUUGAAUGUCAUUCUGUUGAACUGGUUGCACAUAAAUACUGUACCUCGGUUAAUAACUUUUUACUUAAAUGGAUGUCAUUUUUAAUGUUAAACUUGUGGCUUAAAUUUAAAAUGGCAUUAAUAUUUUUAAAAUAAAUAUUUAACUUGAUUGUGUACAGAACUAUUGUUAAAGAGAAAGAAUGCAGAAUUCCUAAUUUGUUGUGCUCAUAUUUUGGAUUUUAUUUUGUUAGAGUCUCUUAUAUGCAUUUCUACAAUAUUUGAUGGUUAAUAUGUUGUUUGUGCAUUUUUAUCUGUGAUGCAAAAAAA